GCCGCGGGGCAGCCACACUCUGACAGACCCACUGGUGCCUCUCUGCCGAGUGACCCACGGGCUCGGGGUCCGACUGUUUGCCGGCUCCUCCCCGAGUGUGACCGACAGCCACACGGCCAUCUGUCUGCCUGCCUGUCUGUGUCUCUGGGUGUCUGCCUGGCUGGCCAUCUGCCGGUUGGCUUGACUUCCCCUGUCUGUCUGUCUGUCUGUCUGUCUGUCUGCCUGCCUGCCUGACCAGCCCUUGUCGCCGUGUGUCCCCUCCCUGGUACAGCCGAUUGGUCCCUUACCCCAGCCUCUGCCUUCUGUCCACGUGUGGCCUCCCUGGGAUGUGACCGACCAUUGUCUUCCCCCCGCCCCCCUCCCCCCAGCUGGCUCCCUCUGUGUGGCCCGCCUGCCUGGAGCCCGGCUGCCAUCCAUCUGGGUGACAGGUCGUAUGCUUGUCUGGUGGGUGACUGGGGCAGGCUGUGGGUCCCCACCCCCUAGCCCUGCCGUUUCCCUCUCUCAUCCCCCACCCCCACGCUGAGCCUAGCUGCCGCCCCCUGGGAGCCCACUGGAUUGCCCCGAGCACACAGAAUGGAUUUCUGAGGGAAAAGCUGGAACAGCAGGAUCCUGAGAGUCAGCAUGCCGUGUGGCUCAGCGGCCGCUCUGUUCCUGCUGAUGCUCCAGGGUGCCUGGGGUUGCCUAGACCUCGUCUGUUACACUGAUUACUUACAAAGAGUCACCUGCACCCUGGAGACAAGGACCCUCCACCCCAGCACGCUCACCCUCACCUGGCAGGACCCAUAUGGGGACCUGGAGGACGAGGUGACCUCCUGCAGCCUCCACCGGUCCGCCCGCAAUGCCACGCACGCCGAGUACACGUGCCACAUGGAUGUGUUUCACUUCAUGGCCGACGACAUUUUCAGUGUCAACGUCACAGACCAGUCUGGCAGGUCCUCCCAGGAGUGCGGCUCCUUCGUCCUGGCUAAGAGCAUCAAGCCGUCCCCCCCUUUCAACGUGACCGUGACCUUCUCGGGGCAUUAUAACAUCUCCUGGAGCUCCAGUUAUGAUUUCUUCGCGCUGAAGGGCAAGCUGCAGUAUGAGCUGCGAUACAGGAAGCAGGGAGGCCCCUGGGCUCUGGGUCCGAGGAGAAAGCUGAUCUCGGUGGACUUGAGGAGCGUCUCUCUCCUUCCCUUGGAGUUCCAGAGUGACUCGAGCUAUGAGCUGCAGAUCCGCGCAGGGCCCCAGCCCGGCUCCUCCUUCCAGGGGACCUGGAGCGAGUGGAGUGACCCGGUCACCUUUCACACCCAGCCGGAAGAGAUAAAGGGAGGCUGGCACACUUACCUGCUCUAUCUCCUCCUUGUCAUCAUACUCCCCAUCCUGGUCUUCUUAGGCCUGAAGAUCCACCUGCCUUGGAGGCUGUGGAAGAAGGUGUGGGGGCAGGUGCCCAACCCACAGAAGUUCUUCCAGCCCCUCUAUGUGGGCCACAGUGGAGACUUCAAGAAAUGGGUGGGUGCACCCUUCACUGCCUCCAGCCUGGAGCUGGGACCCUGGAGCCCCGAGGUGCUUUCAUCCCUGGAGAUGUUCAACCUUUGCCCACCACAGAGUGCCACCAAGGGGCCGCAGCCCAUGCCUCUGCCCGAGCCCACCGACCUGGUGGAAGCCGACGAGGGGCCUGAGCCCGACUCCUGCGGCCCGGCCCCCGCCACCACAGGCAGCUUGGGUGGCUCGGCUUAUAGCCAGGAGAGGGACCAACCAUACAGUGUACUGUCCAUCGACACGGUGACCGUAGCAGACAUGGAGGGGCCAUGUGCCUGGUCCUGCACCUGUGGGGAUGACGGCUACCCAGCCCUGAACUUGGACGCCAGCCUGGAGCCCGGCUCAGGCACCGAGGACCCGCUCUUAGACACCGGGACCACAGUCCUCUCCUGUGGCUGCGUCUCGACUGGUGGCCUUGCCGGGCCGGGAGGCCCUCCUGGCAGCCUCCUUGACCGGCUAAAGCUGCCCCUUGAAGAUGAGGCAGGUUGGACCCCAGGCCCGCCAUGGAGUGGCGGGCCCCCCGGAGGGGCAUCUGACAGCGAAGCGGGCUCGCCUCCCGCCGGCCUGGACAUGGACACUUUUGAUAGUGGCUUCGCGGGCUCUGACUGCGGCAGCCCUGUGGAGUGUGACUUUACCAGCCCCCGAGACGAGGGGCCCCCCAGGAGCUACCUCCGCCAGUGGGUGAUCAUGGCCCCGCCACCCGAGGGACCCGAGCCCCAGGCCAGCCAGUGAGGCUGACCGGCCGUCCAGAGCCAUUUGGCCCGAGCCAGAGCUGGGCUCGCCUGGGCCAUGGGGUAAAGUGGCCUGUGACCUUUGGGCCCCCAGAUGGGGCCCCUGAGCCUGGUUGACGCCUGGCGUGCAUGUGUGGCCCCAGGAGCGCAUGGGUGUGUCCGUGUGUGGGAGCAGGUGCCCGUGGGCGCGGAGGAAAGACGCACAUGUGUCUGGGACUGUGUGCACACGAUGACAGCCUCCCUCCUUUCUGGACGUGGGGCGGCCCCCCACGGACCCUGCCCUGCGGGGCCUGCCUCCAGGAACCGUGAGAAGUCCCUACUGUUCCUUUUCAUGUCUCCGGGGGACAGGAAGGGGAUGGAGUGAGCCCAUGGGGACCCUGGCUGUGGGAAGGUUUGUGGGGGCCUGUGGACCGAGGUCUGCAUCCCAGCUGUGAUGCCCCUGAGCUGUGCCACUUUGGGCAAGCCGCUUCCCCUUUCUGGGCUGGCUACUGGGGGGGGGUCCCACAGGUGGCAUGGCCCCCCUCGGGGAGAAAUCGGUGAGGUCACCCACUGUACAGGCUGCAGCAGAGCAGACCCUCAAUAAAUUCAGCUUCCUUCCUUCAGGGGCCCAGACCAAGCUUGUGCUGGUGGUGGGCGGGGGUGAGAAAGCAGCCACAGUGUGGGGCUGUCCUGCCCACAGAGGGGCACUUGGGGGUGGUUUCAGGCUUCAAGUCAGCCUGUCCCUUAGAAACAGCCCCCACCGGCCAAGAUUUGCUGGCUUCUGCUGCCCACUCAGUUAUUCCCCUUAUGCUCCCAAGAAAUAUUUAUCAGUCACGAGUAUGUGUGCCGGGUUCUGGGGUACGCGGUGGGGGGGCUCCUUCGGCACUUGUGGUGGAGGAGGGGCAGACAGGCAGUGAUGACGCAGCCCUCCACUCCUCCGGCAUCUUGUUUGCUCAUCCCCGGGAAUCAGGGGGGAGUCAAGGUCUUGUUGACGAUUUCUCAGAGACCCGUUCAAAAUGCGAAUUGAGACGCUAAGAAAAUCCAUCUUGGCCACAUUUGAAGGCACCUUACUGAGCAUCAGUGCCACAGACUGCAUGCAGCUCAUGCUUUAACAAACCAAACCAAAACCAGAAACAGCAAACAAGACCAUAGGUUGUUUUCUUAGUCGGGGUGCUCACCUUUAGAGGCGUCUUUUUCGAGCCCGCCAAGCAGGGUUUGGGAGGCCGAGAGUCUGAUUCAGCAGGCCAGCCGGCUCCCAGAGCCCGGGGACAUCCCUGCCCCAGCCUGGAACUGCCCAGGGCCCUCGUUCUCCCAGGAGGCCGGGCUGCUGGGCGGAACCCAAAGGGGAAAAGCUCUGGUUUGUCUGUCCUCUUGGAUGAGCCUGAGCUACCUGUUGGUGGGAGUCAGUCCUGCAGAAAGCCUCACCGUGAUUCAUCUGUAACAUGGGGUGUUUGGGGGGGGUGAGUCCCCGAGAGAGUCCUGGGUGCUUGAAAGUUCUAGAACAUCAAUGGUUUCAACCAUGGGGCUAUUGACCUGGGAUCAAAGUGAGGCUCAGUUGGGAGCUCAAGUCCGACACUGGAGCUCCUGCACAAGUGAGCAGCCCUCACCAUCCCCCACUGUCACCCCCCGGGGACACUUGGGCCAGGUGUGCUGUGGUUUCACAUCCUCCUGCGGCCAGCGAGUUCUAGGGGCCACCCUGAGCCGCCGGCUCCCCGGGGGAGGCAGCAAAGCUCUCCUGCACACAGAGCUCUGGGCUGGGGGCCAGGGCUGGGGCUUGGUCAGGGGCUCUAGCCUGAGCCAGGCGUGGCUCCUCACCGACUCUGUCUCUGAAGGGGACUCAGCUGGUAAGCGGGCUGCAAAGAGGA